CGCUUAUAUUUCUAGCUCUGUAUUUUUCCUUUGCCUAUUCGUAUGCGCACACUGCAUUCCCGGUGUGCCGUCUUCUUUCCGCGCUUGUUCCUUCCCACCUUUUUGUUUCCUCGUUUCCUUUACUGACACUUUUUCAUCUGCCUCAUGUAAACCUGAGACUUCCCGUCAAUCUCAUUCCCUUCGUCUGCAUUUCUGACAUGAUGUCUUCUCUUCUCACUGUCCUGUAUUUAUGGCCAUUUCAUUUACAUCCCAUCUAAACUCAAGGGGGCAUCAUAGAAUGCAUUUUUCUAAUGGUUCACAGAUUGGAAGGCCAGGCCUCAUCUGCAAGAGACCUAAAGGACAAGGAAAUAAAGUGCAAAAUGGAUCGCUUCACCAAAAGGAUGGCUUAAAUGAUGAUGAAUUUGAGCCAUAUUUGCAUACACAAGAGCGGCAGAACAAUGCAUACACAGCACUGUCAGACUCAUACUUGCCAAGUUAUUACAGCCCAUCUAUCAGUUUCUCAUACUCCCUGGGAGAGGGGGCCUGGUCUACUGGGGGUGACCCUCCACCUACUAUGCCAUACCUAACUUCCUAUGGCCAGCUGAGCAACGGAGAACCACAUUUUUUGCCAGAUGCUGUGUUUGGACCUCUGGGGAGUGCCCCAUUCCUUGGACAGCCUGGGUUUAACUUUUUUCCAAGUGGUGUAGACUUCUCAGCUUGGGGCAGUGGAGGCAAUUCACCAGGAGCCUCUGCUCCUAGUUCUGGAUAUGGGGGAAGCUAUGCAUAUGCCCCCAGCACUUUAGGGGGAGCUGUGUUAGAGGGGCAAGCAAGCUUUGGUGGGGGAAAGGCAGUGGGAAGCCUAGAACAGGGAAUGGGGGCUCUGAAACUGAGUGGAGAAGGGGGUGGUCUAAAGGCUGCUAUAGGUAGUCUGCCACCUGCAUCUGUGGCACCACCCAAACAGGCAUCUUGGGCGGACAUUGCAAGCAAACCUGCUAAGCAAACCCUUGCUAAAAUUCUUCCUCCCCCUCCACCCUCCAAACACAAUAUGGAGAUUGGAACUUGGGAUAACAAAGUAUCCACAGUCAGCGUUUGCCAGGCAUCAUCUCCACCGAUCCUUCAGCAGUCUAUCCCCAAUGCUGCAAUAGCUCCUCAUGCUCCUACACGUUGGUCAGCUCAUCGUAACAGAAGCUCGGAGCAGACUCAGCCUCCACCCUUAACUGCUGAGCCUCACCCUGUCCUGGAGAAAUUGCGUUCCGUCAACAACUACAAUCCCAAGGACUUUGACUUCAGCCUUAAACUUGGUCGGGUGUUCAUUGUAAAGAGCUAUUCAGAGGAUGACAUUCACCGCUCCAUCAAGUACAAUGUUUGGUGUUCUACAGAGCAUGGUAACAAGCGCCUGGAUGCAGCUUAUCGCUCUCUUAAUGGCAAAGGUCCACUUUACCUGCUUUUUAGUGUUAAUGGUAGUGGCCACUUCUGUGGAGUUGCAGAAAUGCGCUCAGCAGUAGACUAUAAUACUUGUGCGGGAGUUUGGUCACAGGACAAAUGGAAGGGCCGCUUUGAUGUGCGCUGGCUUUUUGUCAAGGAUGUACCUAAUGGACAGUUACGUCACAUUCGUCUAGAGAACAAUGACAACAAGCCAGUCACCAACUCUCGGGACACACAAGAGGUCCCAUUGGAAAAAGCGCGACAGGUGCUUCGAAUCAUUGCCAGCUACAAGCACACAACCUCCAUCUUUGAUGAUUUCUCUCAUUAUGAGAAGAGGCAAGAGGAAGAGGAUAGUGUCAAAAAGGUGAUCAAGAAUUAGUGGAAAAGAAACAGAACCAACCACCAAAUUAUGUCCCCUUUAACAGAUGUUCAGCGGUGACAAGAUGGACUUUGGCAAAUAGGACCUGCAGUUACCUUAUUGAAGGACAAUGGGAGAGGGUAACAGUCCCCUUACUUGAGCAAUUAAAUUCAAAUUAAAUCAAAUCCAGAACUCACAACAAGGAUUGAAUACUGGAAUUCAAUUAAAUUUGGGUUUUAACCCAGAUUACAAAUCAGAUUAAAAUAUAGUAUGCUCAUUCCUAGCAUCUGGAGAUGUAUUUUCCUUUAUAUCCUAAGGCCCUCUUUUUCCUUUAUUUCUUUUUAGUUUGUGGCAAAAGCCUUCUUUAUUUUUUCAGUGCUCCACAUGUAUGUGUGCGUGUUUAUACACAUAUACAGAUAAAGCUUACAUUAUAAAAGCUGCAACAUAGGGCCACACCUGUUCCUCUAAAAAAAUGUUUUGUGUGCCAGAUGCAUCAACAAAAUCUGCUGUCUCUGCAUAUCUAAAUUUAUAUGUAAGUAUUUUCAUUUUGUUAUUCCCACAGACUUGACUGGGCAAAUUCAACUAGAGAAAGUUUAAUUUAAUCUGGGAACUUUUGUUUUGGAUGGUAUACAGUUUAAAAAAAAAAUGUUUGGAAAAAAGAAAGAACCUUAUUUAAAAUAGGUUUAUUCCAUUAACUUUAAGUCAGACGAAGGUGUUAUUGCCAGUUUUGGCAUCUGCAGGGUUGGUAACCCAACUGUUCAAUGUGAACUUUAGAAAGGAUAUGUCCACCUAAAGUCAUUUUGUACCCCUUUUCUCUUUAUAAGAAGCCAUUUCUCUGAAAUAAAACAUCAUGUUGAAAGCA